GUUUUUGUUUUUAAAUAAGAACUUCUGAGAAAUUUCUUUAAAAAUUUUAAAUCGUGUUUUAUUAAAACAAAAUCCAACAAACCACUAAUUAAGGAUCUAACACAUUUCUUGUAUUCAGUCAAAGUAAGGAUUGCGAUUGCUAUAUUGAUACACGAAAGACUAAUUUAGCAAAAGAAAGACACUUCUCAAAAAAACUCAAGUGACAUUAUGUCAACUCAACAUAUUUGCGAUUUGGAUCACGAAUUGAAUGAUUUUCAGAAAAAGAAGUUAUUGUUUGUAUUCAGUGUUUUCUUCGAUAUUAAUAGAGACGGAGUGAUCGAAAAGAGCGAUUUUGACCUGGCUUUAGAGAAAAUAGCAGGUAUUCACAAGUGGGGAAAAUCAGACAACAAAUAUACUAUAGCUAAAUCUACAUUGGGCUCCAUUUGGAACUUGCUGAGAUCUAAAGCUGACGCCAACCAAGACGAUAUAGUAACUCAAAGCGAGUGGUUCUUGAUGUGGUCCGAAAGCAUUUCACAUUACAAAUGCCAUCACAACCACGAAGAUGUGAAAGAACCUUGCGAUAAAGAAGCCAUGCCGGACUGGGAGAAAAAAUUUAUGCAAUUCAUGUUCGAUGUCAUCGAUAUUUCAGGUGAUGGUAUCAUAGAUGAAAUUGAGUUUUUGACAUUUUUUAAAGUCUACGAUUUUACAGAAACGGAGUGCAAAAUAGCUUUUUCAAAUUUGACCAACAAUAAAAAGGUGAAAAUUGAUAGGGAAAUGUAUCGCAAGUUUUGGAGGCAGUAUUUUCUUGGUAACGUUCAGGAAGAACCUGGGAAUUGGAUCUUUUGCAGCCAUCUUUAGAUGUACAGAAAUUAAAAAUAUUAUAAAUAUUUUACAAAAAAAUUGCACUUUAAAUGUUUUUUAAAGUCUUAUUUCUUAUAUUACUAUUUUAUUUAAUUCGAAAAUUUUCUAAUAAUGCUAUAUAAUUGAAUUAAAUUACUUGAAAAUUUGCUCUUGAUGAUGAAAGCAGAAAAAAACUUACAAAAUAUAUAAUUUUUUAAAAAUAUGUAAUAUUUAUAUAAAUUUAUAUCGCCUUGGAUAUUUUUAAAUUAUUAACAGAAUAUUGUUAAAUAAGAUAAGUUAUAUUUGUAAAUCAUCGAAUAUCCCAAUUUCUAUUAUUGACAACAUUAAAGUGAUUCAAAAUUUUGAUUAUCAAGACA